UUAAAACGUAUUUGAACGUCCCAGCGAACGGUUGUGUUUUAUUUCUUUCUCUCUCUUUUCAAAAUUCGAAAAAACUCCUCGAAAAGAGUUCGAAGCAGAAGAAGAGGAAGAAGCUAAAGUGAAGAAAAAAAAAAACUAAAACGACUUUUAAUACGCAAAAUAAAGAUAAAAAACGAUUUUUGUUUAGUGAGUCUGGUCAAAGUUAAUAUUUUGAGAAAAACAAAAACAAAAGCCAAGAAACCGGUUACUAAAUGAACCUACCACCAACAACUUUAACAAUACAAACAACAAUAGCAGCACCAGCAGCAGCAGCAACAACAAGAACAACUAUAACAACAUUUACAAGAGAAGAGGCAACAACAAGAAAGCAACGUUACAACUUUUCUUUAUCCAUUGCCUGAUAUUGGGCCCCAACAAAGACAGUGCAUUGAAAACUGUAGAAACUCUGCGAAAUUUCUGCGAAACGACAAAGAGUUGAGUAGAAAACAAAUACAAAAAAACAAGAACAACUCACUAAAAGAGGAAACGCGAAAUAAACAAAAUGGCCUUCUCCAUUGUAAGUCGCGGCCUUUUGCGCACUUCGAGGGAAAUAUUGGAACGCAAUAUGGCCGCUACGGUGGGUGCACUGCAUCAGCAGCAGCACCAGCGGCCGCUGUCCACCAUCUCCCCGCCCUCGUCCACACACAGUGAUUACAAUCGCCUUCUACUUGUUGCAUCCGGAGCUGGAUCUCAGCAGCAGCAGCAGCCGUGGCAUCAAAUGCCAGCAGCUGCCGUGCAGCAGGCCGUACGUCAAUAUUCAAAGAAAACUGCCGGAGCGGCCACAUUGCGACGCGAGGAGAGCGACAGCGAUUCGGAUUCGGAUGAUGAAUUCGAGAGACGUCGCCAGAAGAAUGCCAAAUCGAAGCGUAGUGAGCGGGGCGACUCUGCUUUUUGGCGCCGCAAAAUGCGCACAUUGCAUCGCAUUAUGGAUGUAAACCAUGAUGGAGUCAUCUCGUUUGAUGACUUUAAUUUGUUGGCAAAACGUUUCAACGAUUUGGGCCAUUUGACACCCGAAGUUGCCGCCGAAUUCACCGAUGUGAUCAAACAGACUUGGGAGGAGCAAUUUGGCGAGAUAACCCCAUAUAAUCUGGUGACAGCUGAGCAAUUUCUUACCGAUUUGCAUCAUCGUUUGAACGAUAAGAAAAUGGCUAAGCGCAUUGGACGCUUUUUGCCCUAUUUGUUUAAGGCCGUUGAUUUUGAUCACACUGGCCAUUUGGAUCUCGAACAAUAUAAGCUCUUCUUUCGCUGUCUGGGACUAACCGAAGAUGAUGCUGCCGUUUCAUUUGCUGUGAUAGACAAGAACGGUGAUGGCCAAUUGUCGCUCAAGGAGUUUGUGCACUUGGGCCGUCAAUUCUUUUUAACCGAGGACGAAUCGAAGAUAUCGAAAAUGUUCUGGGGCCCAUUGAUUGCUGAUCAUUGACGUGUUCCAGCCACUGCUGUAGAUCAACAUCAUCAUGUUCACGAUGCCACAAAUAAUAUCAAUACUAUCAACAAGAAGAACAAGAAGAACAGCACCGACAACAUUGAGAAUAAGCCAUUGCUGCCACAAAUGACAACAACGACAACGUUGCCAACAAUACGACGCGUGCAGGAGGCAUGCGGCAGUUGGCCGUAUCUACAGUAUGUGGCGCCUUAUCAAUCGGCGGAACAACAACAUCGACGACGACAACAACAACAACAACAAUACACAAUCACAAUAAGGAGCAUGAGCAUUUACGACUUUUUACGGCAACAUUUCAAUCAAACGGUCCAUAAUUAUCGCAAACAUCGACGCUACUCGGAUUUGGAUGAUGAUUCUGACCUAGAGCCACCGCCUUGUCCCAAAUUGCGCAAGCAUAACUAUUCCAACUAUCAGAAGUGUCACGAGAAAGGGCAACAAGAUCAUCAUUAUCAUUACCAUCAACAUCAUCAUCGACAGCAUCAUCAACAUCAUCAUAAUGAUCAUUAUCAGCAUAAUCAUCAGCAUGGCCCAAAUUCAAAUAUGAAUAACUACGAUAUAAGAUUCUUUUUCUAUGUUAACUCUCUAAUUGUAUUCACCAUGUCAUGCCACAAUACGGGCGAUGAUUUUAAGCAUUUUAUCGUUUAUCGCAUAAGGAAAUUUGAUCGAUUGCGACGAAAGGCACGUAAGCGACGCAAGCGUCGCCCAAAGCCAGGAGCAACAGCAGCAGCAGCAGCAGCAGCAGGAUCACCACAUCCUGCAGAAUUGCAAUUGUGAGAGGCAGGCGGUGUUCAAAAAUAAAUUUUGUUUUUUUUUUUCUAUUAUUAUUAUUUUUGUCUGUCGCUUAGUCUAUAAAAUAUUAUUAUUACUUGUAACUGGAUAUAUGUAAAACCAUUGCAUGAUAUAACAAAACGAAACCUAUUAUAAUAUAUUAUAUAUAUACACACCCAAACAUAUAAAAUAAAAUCAAACAAAAAAUCAA